UGUGUGUGUGCGCAAGACAUUCAUCUGUCGAAGAAUUUUCAGUGACAUUUUGCGUUUGCCCGCAUCCACGACUCUGACAUUUUGCAUUUGCCCGCAGAAGAUGAAGGUCGCAAUCAUACUACACUCGUCCCAGCACUGUUACUUAAAAUACUAUCAGCACAAAAACUAGAAGGAUCCUGCUCCAGUUUCAGGAGGCACCUCCACUGAAGAUCAGAAGAAAUGGCGAGUUCCAUGAAGGUUCUUUUGAGUGCUGCGGCUUGCUCUGGCAUCGCAGCUGUCAUACUGCGACAACAGAAAACUACCCUGUCCAAGCAGGACGAGUGGGCUUUGCAAUGUGAGGAGGAUCUCCAUGGUCUGGUCACGCCAUACUACGUGCCGGGGAUUGAUGUUAUGACGAACAGGGGAAUCUAAGAACAAAUAAGUACGUGAUGAUCGUAAUUUCCCGGCUUACAAAAGAGAGAAGAGUAGUGUUUGUAUGUGGUAUGUGGAACGACUAGGUGGAGAAAGAUUUGCAGCAGAGUAGCACAUCAAGUACAUCUUCAAUUAAUACCACAAGUAUAAGCUCAACCCCAACAUCCCUGCCCUGUUCUAACUCUCGCACAACGAAAGUGGGAUGCGUUCCACAGGUUUGUGAGAACAAGCUAGGCAGAUCGGACGACGUGGCUGUCGAGACAGCACCAAAGUGCACCUGGGAUAAGAUGGAGGAGACGUGCUGCACGAAUCUGGUAUCUUUAGAUUUUUUAGAAUAUUUAGAUUUUCUGAAGGUCAACAACUUCAAUGUAGAUGAAAGUCUCCAUUUAUAGGUUUAGAAUUAGAUAGCCAUGGAUUCAAACCGGAAGAAGCGACUCUUUAGAAAAUUUAGAUCUCGUCCCAUCAUCCGCUUCCACACCAUUUUUGACGACUCUUCACACACAGAUCAAGACACCGUGUGAGAGUGGGCAGUUGCCAUGCAUCCUUGGAGAGGUUUCUACUUUGGGUGACUACACAUCUAAGGCAGUGAUGCAGUCUAACUCCACGGAUGCCGAGAGUGUCAAGGCCGACUGUGGAACCGUGGCCUCCGAUUUCGACACCAGCAGUGGUGAGGCAGUCUCUGCAGCGGGAGGAAAGUAAGUGGAUCUGUACACCAAGGAGGAUAGCAAGGCCGUUUAUGCGGCGGGAGGGAACUAGGGAUUCAGGCUAGUGGUACUUGUUGGGCAGAGGAAACUUCAGGAAGGAAUAUUUAGUUGAGUUUCUAUUUUCGGCACUUAGUAGCUCUUUUGCACUGAAAUUUGUACAGGAAAUUGCGAUUCUGGCGGACGUGUGAGUAGGAAGCACGGAAGAAUACAAAGUACACACGUGAUGCAUGCCGUUCUUGUAGAAGUCUGUCUUAAAAUUCGCAGUUCGUUUUUUCCACAUCUUGUUUCAUUCUUACUCUUUUUCUUGAUCACACAGACUAAAGACGCUUUUUCCACUUCACAUUGUCACACACACACACGGUAAACACACUAUUUGCCAACUAGAUAACAAUGCUAGCGAACGUGAUCGUAAACAAAAACAAUGCUGUAUCCAGUGAAUUUCCGUGGAUUUAGAAGAUAAGUAAUUUGGAUUUUUCUUUUUGCUAUCCUUCGAGCUGUUGCAUCAAAGGCACCUCUGUGUGUGGAGGUCCCGCGCGUAGAGCUGGGUGAGAUCGACGCAGCGUGCGCUUGGCGCGAUGAAGGACGAGGAGCGAUC